GUCUUGUUCCCGUCACAUUGACAUUACCGACCAAAUUAUUUUGUCAGCUGUUUUGAGAAUUUUCACAAUAAUAAACCACGAAGAUAUUUAAACACACUUUAACAUCGGUUUAACUCAUAUCAAUUAUCAUAUAAAGUAACCAAUCUAUGAGUAUCAUACUGCGACCGGGUGUCUUCAACAUCCACAGAAGCAUGUCUUCGAUGGCAGGAGUGGUGGAGAAUACGAUAAGGAGCAAAUUACUAUCGACUUUAGACGCUAAACAUUUAGAUGUGAUCAAUGAGUCGUACAUGCACAAUGUUCCCAAAGGUGCCGAGACUCAUUUCAAAGUUGUUGUAGUGUCCGAUAAAUUUGAUGGAUUGCCGUUAAUAAAGAGACAUCGCCUAGUAAAUGAUAUUCUGAAAGAAGAGCUACAGACAGGUGUCCAUGCAUUAUCCAUUGUAGCUAAAACACCACAACAAUGGGAAACCAGUGAUAAAGUCAUAGAGAGCAGCCCUAACUGUAAAGGUGGUUUUGGAAAAUAGAUAUGUAAUUGAUUUUCAUUACCUAGUUGUAAAAUAAAUUUAUAGUUUUAUUGUAUUGAUAUUA